AUGUUGAGAAUAUUGAUUAUUUUAUUCUGUUUCCUGGGAACAGCCAUCUCUCUUCACUGUCUUUUCUGUGACAGUAAUGAGAAAUGUAAAAAUUCGUUCGAUGUAGAAUGCCCUCCAGGAACAAAGUGCUACACAGUGAAAAAACGCGGCGUUGUCACCGACAGAGGAUGCGCUCAUUCAUGUGAACAUGUUAUUAACUUGAGGUCAUCAGCAAUUUGCCAAGAUUGCCAUAGUGAUUACUGUAACCGUGAAAAUGUAUUACCGCAUAACGUCGACAUUGAACAUCAUCAAAAUGAGAAUGGUGAAAUCAAAACACUCAAAGAAGGAGAAGGUUCUCUUUCCACUUCAAAAGUAAUCAAAUGUAAAGAAUUUUUCGAUGAAGAAUGUCCAGAAACGACGAAGUGCUACACAGUGAAAAAAUUAUUUUUUGUCACUGAUAAAGGAUGUGGACAUUGUGAAGCUAUUACGCUCAACCCAUCCUCAUUUUGCAAAGAUUGCCAAGAUGAUUACUGUAACCGUGAAAUUGUAUAUCCGUAUAACGUUGAACUUGAUCAAAUUGAGAAUGGUAGAAUCAAAAUACUCAAAGAAGAAGAUGGUUCCCGUAUUCCAUUGGUCGGCUCGAUCGAUCGACAGUCGACCAAUCCCAACUGGACUGAUAUUCCUUAUCCCGAACUAGGUAUCUCUCUCCUCAACAUGGUUCACGUUAGAACCACCAAGUUCGUUUAA